AUGACUAUAUCUGAGGAUGAUACAGAGAAAGGCUCUUCUUCAAUUCUGAUAUUUAAGAAUGUUGACAGAGAGGACACCUCAUUAUUUGUUUGUGUUGCAAAGAAUAAAUACGGAACAGAUCACUCUGAGAUGUGGCUAGUUGUACAGGAACCCCCUGAAGCACCACUCGGUGUACGUGUCAGCAACUAUUCAAGUCGUACAAUAAAUUUGACAUGGGAGCAACCACACACCGGCAACAGUCCAAUUAUUUCAUACAUAAUUCAGUACAAAAACUCAUCAGUCAGCUGGCAGAAAAAUGUACCUCAGAUUGUGGUUAAUGGAGAAAUGAUGAAUGGUUCCAUUAAGGAUCUGAUGCCUGCUCAUGUGUACCAUAUCAGAAUUUUUGCUGAAAAUUCAAUUGGUAUCUCCAACUCAAGUGAAGUAUUAACUGUCACUACACUGGAGGAAGUUCCAGAAGCCCCACCCAGAGAUGUGAGAGUUACAACAAAAAAUUCUGAGGCGCUCAUUGUAACAUGGGAGCCUCCAGAACGUUACCUCCAGCAUGGUGAUGUAAUGGGAUACUACAUUGGCUACAGACUUGCAAAUUCAACAGAUACAUUUCACUAUGAAACACAUGAAGUGCUCCCUGGAAUGCCACUGCGACAUAUACUGACAAAUCUUAAGAAGUAUACACAGUACACUAUUCUUGUUCAAGCAUAUAAUAGAGUUGGUGCUGGUCCCAGAAGCCAAGAGGUCUCAGCAAUAACAGAUGAAGAUGUUCCAGAUGCACCACCUACAGAUGUACAGUGUAGUUCUAUUUCAUCACAAAGUCUUCUAGUGAUGUGGACACCUCCACCACAAUCACAGGUCAAUGGAAUACUAUUAGGAUACAAAGUGAUCUACAGAGCUCUCAGUGAUCUUAAUGAGGUAUUUAUGCCUUCAGAACAUAUUACAAGAGAUCAAAAGGUGGAACUGAGUAAACUUGAUCACUUCUGCAACUACAGCAUAGAAGUUCGAGCCUUCACAAGUAAAGGUGAUGGUGUGAGCAGCCAACCUAUCAUCUGUGCAACACAAGAGGAUGUACCAGGUGAACCGGAAAAUAUGAAGGUAUUGGUGGCAGACUUAAGAACAAUGCUUGUGUCGUGGUUACCACCACUAUACCCUAAUGGAAAAAUCAAGCAGUACAGAAUAUACAUGAGAUCAUUAGAUGGAAUGACUCUGGACACAGAUCAAUUUGAUAUUCCCAGUGAGCAGACAUACUAUACUAUUUCAUACUUGGAGACGCACAACCGAUAUGAGUUCUGGGUAACAGCCUUCACAGCAGUAGGAGAAGGAGCAGAAUCAAGGCAUGUGGUGCAAGCAACAACUGACCAUGCCCCAGCACAAAUUGCUCCAUUUAGCAAGCAUGUUGUUGGAGUUCUACACGAAGAUUUAAAACUGUCAUGUCUGGCUGUUGGUCAGCCUGCUCCACAAUACUAUUGGAGGAAGAAUGGGAAUUCGAUACAAGAAGACAGCCGUCUCCAGAUUAUCCAGGGAAAGCUGCUUGUCAUCAGUCCCCUUGAAAGAGCUGAUGCUGGGAAUUAUUCCUGUUUAGCAGAAAACAUAUUUGGGAGAGACCAAAUUGCCUAUUUUGUUACAAUCCAUGUUCCACUUGUACCAAGCGAGAUAGAAAUAUCUUCAACAACUGCAUCAAGCAUUGCACUUCAGUGGCAGCUUCCACCAGAUGCUGGCCAUGUUCUUGAAGGUCUCUAUCUCUACCACAAGAGAGAAUUUGGCGAAUGGGAAAAGACAAAAUUAAGAGCUCAAGACUCCAGUUUCAUCCUCAAUAACCUGCAGUGUGGCACAAAGUAUUACUUCUACUUACAAACAUUUAAUCAACUAGGGCAAAGUGAACCAACUUCUACAAUUACUGCAUGCACACAAGGUUCAGCACCAGUUGCUCCAAAAAAUUCCGAUCUCAUAAAAGUUAAUUCCAGUUUCAUAUUGUUAAAUUUAACAUCAUGGGAUGAUGGUGGUUGCCACAUAACAUCUAUUGUGAUUGAAUACAAAGUAAAGGAUGAAACCAUGUGGACACUUGUAUCAAACAAUGUCAAAACAGAGCAACUUCAAUUUAUUGUCCUGGAUUUAAAUCCAGGAACUUGGUAUAAUUUACGAGUUACAGCUCAUAACAGUGCUGGCUCAACUGUGGAACACUAUGACUUUGUUACCCUCACACAUUUAGGAGCUACAGUAGCUCCAGAACUCAUAGUAUAUUAUGGAUAUGGAAGAAAACCUUUUUAUAGUGAGAUGGCAGUAAUAGUUCCUGCUGCCACUGGGAUUACAAUUACAAUUGCUGCUGCUGCUAUCCUAUUCGCCUACUUGAAGAAAAAUCAUACCAUAAUGUCUUCUAAUACAUACAGAGAUAAACAUGAAGAUCCUGAGCAGCUGUCAGACUUGGGCAAGAAAGUGUUGCAGGACAGAGCUGACAGCUCAGACUGUGGAAAAAUGUCUCCAAGCUUGCAAGAACCAGUCUACCUGCCGACUCCAGUGCGUGUCUCUCUUGGAUACAGGCAGGACAUCAGUCCCUAUGCCACCUUUCAGGUUCCAGCACCUGGAGGUCCUGACUGUUCUGACUGUGAAGAGGAUUUAGAGCCACAUGACCGGAAUCAUAAGCUUGCAGACAAGGAUGGAAGCAGCACAGAUUCAACAUACUCCAAAAUUCACAGGAAACUUCAACAUGGAAACGAAACACCUGAGUGGAUACCCUUACAUAAUUUGUACCAAGCACAUAGGUAUUAAUAACACCAGCAACUUUUCAGGCAGCCACUAUCAAGUGUUGUGGAGAAAGUUUUCACUGUAAGCAAGAUGUUAACAGACAGUGGUAAAGAUGAUGAAGCAAGUUAAACUUACCAAGUGCCUUUUGACUAAAGAAAAAACUAUUUAUU